AUGCUAGAUGGGGUAGCUCUUGUGACUGGCGCAGGAUCUGGUAUUGGACGUCAAUUAUGCCUAGCCUAUGCUCGUUCAGGCUGUGAGGCUAUUGCACUUGCCGAUAUUAGAAUUGAAGGAGUGCGAGAAACCAUUUCGUUGAUUCAAGCCGAACAAAAUGAUGUGCAAACCUUGGCAAUAGAGGUAAAUGUUGCGAACGCUAGCUCUGUGAAGGAUAUGCUUUCAAGAAUUAUUGAAGUAUUUGGAAGAAUUGAUUAUGCCGCGAAUGUUGCCGGAAUCACAACAACUGCUCGAGUUCCUACCGCCCGCUAUCCACAUGCAGAGUACGACAAAAUCCUCGAAAUCAACACAAAGGGAAUCAUGAUCUGUAUGCAGGAAGAGAUUACCGCAAUGCAGAAGCAAAACCCCGUUUGCACUCCCGGAAUUGCCAAUAAGCGUCGAGCACAAAGAGGAAGCAUCAUCAACAUUGCCUCCAUUACUGGUGUUGCGGCUUUACAGAACAUGAUGCCGUACAAUGUUUCCAAGCAUGCUGUUAUAGGCUUAACCAAAUCGGCAGCCGUCGAUCAUGCUGUUCAGAACAUCCGUGUGAAUGCCAUCUGUCCGGGUAUGACUGAGACUCCUAUGGUCGCGGCUCGGCGCUCCAAUUCCUCGCCACAAGUGCCUAAAGGUUGGGCUGUGGAGGGCAAUGGAAGACAAAGACUUGCGAUUCCUGACGAAAUUGCUGACGUGUGCAUAUUUCUGAGUGGCUGUGGAGCCAGUUACAUGACUGGGACGUCGGUUAUUGUUGAUGCAGGACAUUUGGCAGCACUGCGCUAUGAGCAUCCCUCGCUUUGA